AUGGCCUUCAAUGAUGAAACUUCCCUGGCCACUCAUGUGCACUCCCAUGCCACAGAUUCCCUGCCCUUCAAUUGUUCGAAUUGUCUAGCCACUUUCCCAGAUGCUGAUUCUUUGUCCAUACAUGUAUGCAGUGUACACCCUGACUCCACAAAUCAAAACUUUAAUCAGUCUGGAGACAUGACAUCUCAUCAUGACAAGCCAAUUGACUUCAAUCUCUUCCAGGAAUCCUUUAGUGCCCCUUCUUCUCGGGUUCCCAGACAACGCACAAACAAUACUGACCGGCCAUACCAGUGUACCUACUGCCAAAAAACCUUCACCAAGUCAGGUGACCUUACCAAGCAUGAGAGGUAUCACACGGGCGUCAAGCCAUUUAAGUGUACCUACUGCGACAAGGCAUUUGCAGAAUCUGGUACCUUGACCGUCCACACUCGCACGCACACUGGUGACCGGCCAUACAAGUGUACUUUUUGUCCGAAGGCUUUCAUUCAGUCUGGAGACUUGACCAAACACACACGCAUACACACAGGAGAGCGACCCUACAAAUGCAAUCACUGUGAAAAGGACUUUGUAGAAUCAAGUGCCCUUGCUCAUCAUGUCAAGGUGCACCUAAGUGGGUCGCGGCAUUUCAAAUGUACAGACUGUAAUGUUACUUUUUCAACUGCUUCUCAGCUGCAUUCCCACACAUGCACACACACAAAUCCCAAACCAUUCAAAUGUGAACUCUGUGACAAGUCCUUUAGUUUCCAUGGAAACCUUGCUGUUCACAAAAAGGUCCAUCUUGGUCGAAAAUCUCUGAACUGUGACUAUUGUCCCAAAAAGUUUACUCGAUCUGGUGACCUUACAAAACACAUCCGUGUGCACACGGGAGAAAAGCCAUAUGAAUGCAGCUAUUGCCAGAAGAGAUUUACAGAGUCUGGCACAUUGAAUGUGCAUCUGCGGCGACACACUGGUGAAAGGCCAUAUGUUUGUGACAUUUGUGAGAAGUCAUUUGUGCAGUCGAGUGAUUUGAAGAAACACAAGAAGAGCCACGAGGAACAGACCAAUCGGUCAGUGUCUUAUGAGGUUGCACUCAGCUUGAGACAGCAACAUAACAUGCCACUCACUCAACCAUCAGUUGAUUUAACCACCAGCCCUAAAUCUAAAGUUGCCAGGAGUUUCACUUGCCUUUUAUGCAAAGAAGAAUUUGCAACCCUUGCCCAACAGAUGAGCCAUUCCAAAGAAUGUGCAAACAGAAAUGGCUCCCAAAAUGAAAUGGAUAGCAACACCUCAUCCACAAAGCCAUAUUCUUGUGAAUUUUGCCCUAAGACAUUUUCCCAUCUCAGCAAUCUGGCCGUCCAUACAAAGACCCACCUGGGUGGUAAACCAUACAACUGUGACCUCUGUGACAAAGUCUUCAUGCGUCCAAGCAAUCUUAUUAAGCACCUGCGCUAUCACACAGGUGACCGCCCAUUUAAAUGUGAUCUCUGCCUGAAAACAUUCACAGAGUCUGGUUCGUUGACCAUCCACCGGCGAAGUCAUACCGGAGAGCGGCCAUAUAAGUGUGAUCUGUGCCCAAAGGCCUUUAUCCAGUCAAGUGACUUGAAGAAGCACACACGCACCCAUACAGGAGAAAGGCCGUACCGUUGUGAAUAUUGUGAGAAAACAUUUGCAGAGUCGAGCACGUUGAUUGUUCACAUGAGGAGUCAUACAAAACUCAGACCUUACAAAUGCGGUUUGUGUGGACGGUCAUUCAUACAAUCAGGGGAUCUCAAAAAACACUUGCGUACACAUGAUGAUUUAGAUGCAGCAACCUUAAAAGCCUACAAGUGCAACUGCACUGAACCCUGCACACCUCUGGGACCACCAGAGUCAAAUCCCUGCUGCAAUGGGAAUGGAAUCAACUUGUACAGCCCUGAGCUGAGUGAAAAUCGAGCUCUUGCAGCUGAAGCAAUUAUUGCUAUUGGAUCAGCCACAGCAAUAGACUAUGUAAAUGACUCCUUGAUGGCUGCAAGUAGCAUUGCUGCUGCCUCCUCUUCUGCAACUUCUAACAUUGGAUGA